AAACACUUUGAAUUUAUUGUCAGUGAUUAACAGCUAAGAAGCGUGCUUUAUUAUUGAUAUUUCACACAAUCAUACGACAAGCAGCUUGCACAUUUUUAUUGAUGUUUUCAACCUUUAAAUCGAAUGCUUACAACAGCUGACUGCAGUGUGACCUAAAUACCUGCAUUCGUAUUUUGCACAUUCGGCGGGCUGAACGCAGACAUGGCUGCCCAGACAAUACUCUUCGAUUUCACACUGGAUGCUGGCAAAACGGCAACGGCGAUGCAACGCCAGGAAGUCGCUAGGAUUGCCCGCAACGAGCUGGAGCAUGUGUUCUCCCAAUUGGAACUCGCCUACUCGCUGGAGUCCAUGGACAAUGGCUAUUUUUCGGUGCUGCACGAGAAUAAGGAGACGAUAAUCACCUGCCGCAUAUUUCCGCAGGGUUUGCUAACCAUCAAUGUGGAAUAUUAUUUGGCUGCCGGCAAGGAGCCUAUCAUGUCAUUUGAUACUGGCAGACGUAUGGAAAAUGCCAUAGCCAAAAAUUUGAAUGCCCUUUCGGGCCAAAAGAUACCAACAUUGAAGCGGGGCGAUGUCGCUAGGUAUUAUCCAUCCGCAGAUGAGCGCAUUAUUGAAUAUGAUAUUGAUACUCUGGUGUAUGAGACACGUUCGCCGUUUCAGAAGAUACAAAUCAUGCACUCCAAGACCUUGGGCAAUAUGCUAAUUUUAGACGAGUUGCAGAAUAUUGCCGAAUCCGAUUUGAUCUACACAGAGACCCUUAUGGGUCGUGGCAUUGAAAACUACGAGGGCAAAGAGAUCUGUAUACUCGGCGGAGGUGAUGGAGCUCUACUCUACGAGCUGCUCAAGGAGAAUCCGAAGCAUGUCGUCAUGCUGGAGAUCGAUGAGCUUGUGAUGCAGGCCUGCAACAAGUACUUGAACACCAUUUGUGGCGAUGUUCUCGAGAAGCGCAAGACCGAACAGUAUGAGAUAAUUGUGGGUGAUUGUGUGGACUACAUGAAGAAGUUCAUUGCCGAGGGGCGCAAAUUUGAUUAUGUGUUUGGCGAUCUAACUGAUAUACCCAUAUCGGAGAAACCAAUUGGUGAAUGCUGGGAUUUCAUACGCACCAUAUUCGAGCAUUCGUUCCAAUUGCUCAAGCCAGAUGGCAAAUACUUGACCCAUGGCAAUGGCACCAGUUGCGUGGAAUCGCUGCAGUUGUUCGAGGAUCAGUUGCGUUUGCUCAAACCCAAAGUGAAGUUCACCACAACGAAGGCAUUUGUGCCAUCCUUCAUGGAAGAAUGGCUCUUCUAUCAAGUGACUUUCGCUUGACCAGCUCAAGUGGACACAGAUGCGCGACGACUACAAGCACCACACUUAAACUUAGCGAGUAGUACGAACUUAAUAACAACAACAACAACAACAUCAACAGCAACAUUAACAAUCCCCUCGUGUAUAACCAGCACACAAAAUGUUCUUACACCCGCAACACAAGACGACACCAAGGAGCCGCUGAUACUGCUGCACAGCUACACAGUGAUAUUGCAUGCUGCUAAACAAGAGCAGAAGCCACAGAAUCUACAGAGCCUUAAGCCACGGCGCCAGAAGCGUUCCCAGAAACGUGUGCAUUAUCAUCAUGCUCUGGUUUCCUAGUGGAGGCUAAUAUUUUAAUCAUAAUUGUGACCAAAUUAGACAGUGGAACUACAUUGCAUCACCACCAACAACAACACAACACAGCAAAACAUCCAAAAAAUGAACACACACACUUCCAAGGGCUGUAACUAGCAUCUGAUAACCAAACCAAAUAUUUAAAAGUCCAAUUGAUAUAAUUUAAGUUAGGAUAUUUAGUUGUGUUUUACGUUCAUUGAUUUUAGAAAAGAAAAUGAAAAACCAAAAACAAAAAGCAAAACUAAAACUAAGUCUGGAUCGAGCAAAAUGCAAAUGUUAUGUACUUAUUCGUGCUUAUUUAAAUUAUAUUUAACGUUUAGUAUAUGCAUAUACACAUACAUUAUGUACUAACGUACUCAUAUUCUUAUAUAAAAUAUAUACACUUAGAACUCAUUAUUUAAUUUUCAAUUAGUCGCUCGACAAACGGAGAAAGAGAGAGCGUGUGUAUGCGAAAUUGAGAGUGUUAGGAGUGUAACUUAUAGCUGAUGUCACUUGAAAUGUUUGAAAAUUAUUAAUAAAAUGUCGUACGCAGAACAAACAA